AUGGACGGAGAGUGUGUGGCGGUGUUGCCCCGUGUGUGUAAAGUAUUGGCAAAUUAUGGAAAAGGUCUUUCCGACGACACAAGCUUAGAGAAAUUAUUGGAUUGGUUCAACGGGCUCACGAAGGCUGGAGGAUCUCUACUGGAGGCCUGCCCAUGCUUGGUUGAGUUCAUAACAACCGUGAUUCGCAAUGCAUCUUCAGAUACCAGUGUCCUCUCCUUUAUUCUCAAACUCACUGGUUUAUUGGUAGCGACUGAAGAGGGCUUCAUAUAUCUUCAGGAGCACUCCACUUUGAGCUUGAUCUAUGACUGUCAGCGCUGGCAGGACUUAGGGCUCUGGGAGGAUCCCUGCAUACGGAUUGGCUGGAUCCAAGGUCUUAGAAGCAUGCUUCAGCACCCACUGGCUCUCCAGUUCCUGGUUAAAGAAGAGCUCAUGAAGCCCCUGCUACAGCUCCAAACAGACACAAGCCUCUUUGUUGCAUCGGCCAGCAAUCAACUGCUUGGCCACAUCCCGGUUUUCUAUCAACCUUUCUCCUCUGAGGAGCAAAAUGGCAUGGAGGAUGAAAGAAAGAAUAAGGAGAGAAUACAUGGCUGUACCCAGGAUCCCGUUACUGUGGGUGCCAAUGUCAAACAACCGGCCCUAGCCGUGGAAACAACCCACGACGAGUAUGCUGCUGUCACUUUGGCAAUCUUGGAGCACGUUAAGGUGUCACUGGUCCUUGGAGAGAGUACUCAUCUCCAUCAGAGCCUCCAGAGUCUCAGACUGCUGAUCCUGAUCCUUGCUCAGGCCGGACCUCCUUUACGGAGCAGGGUGAUCAGGACAGUCUUUGAUUCUCUGGAGGAGCUAGUCACAGCAGGCCACAGCCAGCUCUCACCGCUUCUGAUGGAUGUCCUUCUGACUGCAUAUAGCUCCUCUGACUCUGAUGAACCGCUACCAGAUCGGACAGUCAGCAGCCUCAUAUCACGCAUGCUGGAUACCCUCACACCAUCCGAUCGUAUUCAAGCUGCAGCAGCCAUUCUAGACCAAAACCACCCUAACCCAGUCCACACUGCCAAGGCUAUAGGAUUACUUCUGCUUCCCCUUGACAUUAUCACUGGUGUGUCUCAAGAGAAGAUCAGCGCUCCAUGGAUCUGUGGCGGCCAUGACCUCUCCAUUACUGGCUCUGAUAAGGCGUGCAGGGAUGUGAUUGGCUGUGGCAAGUUGCAGAAGUGUGGUCUCGAGGCUCUGAUGGGUCUCAGCAACAGUCCAGGAGCAAAAGAGAAGCUGAUUGAGGUGUUCACAGUUCUGAUAGAGUAUCUACAUAAUCCUGACUCUGACCCCACUGUACUGCAGAAGUCCUAUCAGGCCUUAGUGAAGUGGAUUAGUGUGUGUACAAAUAUCUUCUCUUUGGGAAAUCUACUCAAACAAGAUCUCCAUACAGUGGUAAGGAAACGUGUGUGUGAUGUCCGCUGGGAGGUUAGAGACUCUACUGUGGAGUUUUUGGGACAGCUGGCAGUUGUUUUUAUCAGCUCAGAAUCAGCCGCGGAAGUGUGUGCAUCUGAAGCUUUACUGGACAGCAAUACUGCACCACUCCUCGUUGAGGCGCUGUCUGAUCCAGAGAGUUAUGUAAGAGCUAGUGCCAUCACAGCGCUGGCACAGACACUGGCACACAGCUGGCGGCAACGGGUAGCACCCACACUGGAAGAGAUUGACAUAGUGCGUAGGCUGGUGACUGUUCUCUCUGAGGACACAGAGGGCUUCGCCAGGAGAGCGGUUGUACGAUACUUUAUUUCCUGGUUUUCAACAUGGUCAACAAAUGCACCUCCUUCAUCGUUAUCAUCCUCUUCCUCACUGUUGAUGAAGUCCAUGCAGUCUGUCCUAUCACAAGGCAGCGCUGACCUAGACUGGGAGGUCAAACUUCACACGCUGGAGUUGGUGCAGCUGCUGCUGGACAAAACAUUUCCAGAGAAGUUUGAAUCGAGGCCAGGUUCAGACGCACAUAGCACACCACUCGUACCAAGUGUGACCCAUCCUCCGCACCCCUAUGCCGUGACUUCUGAAAAGAGCUACAUACUACACACUCACAUGAGUACACAUACGGAUCUGGGUAAAGAAGAAGGAUACCUGGGGGGUCAAGUGUCCAACGUGGCCGGUAUAUUGAGCAGACUGGUAGAGCAGGGGGUAACCUCAGCAUUAGUGAGUGGUCUGUUUGACUGUGACAGACCCGUGGCUCUCAAAGCCUGCAGCCUGCUGUUAAAACUCAGAGACACAGUCUUCUCGCUGUUGCCAGGGGCCCUGGACACAACCUCAAACAUGGCAGCAGCCACAAGGGUGCGCUGUGAGCUGCCAGGAGGCAGCUGCGGGCAGGAGAUCAGGAUGUUACUAGAGAAGAGAUGUGAUUGGAAAGAAAUGGAGGGCUCUUUCGAAGAGGUCAAGGAAAUCGAAUCUCAGGACUGUGACAGAGUGACAGAGGAGAGUGCCAGCAAAGCCGAUGGCAGUGUGUGUGUUGGUGUGAUUGACAUGCUAAAGGCUCUUGAUUUAGAUGAGAGACUUGCCAUUCUUACUGAAAGUAGCGACUACAUCCUGAACUCUCCCCUCUCUCUGCUACAGGACAUACUGACUGCUUGUACACCAAGCACUCAGCCAGAUGCACACCCUGCACGAGAGGUCAUAGUUGACUGCUACUGACACAUGAACACACACAUAAUUCAUUUUUUAAAGCCGUUAUAUAGAAGGUCAUUCUUUUUUUCAACUUAUUGGUGUGUAUGGUGAUAUAUGGUAAUUGUGGUUGUGCAGCAAAAAAAAAAAGAAGGAAAAAAAAAGCAUUGAUUGACCUGGGUUUUACGUAUUGAUGUUUUAGGCAAAGGUUUUCUACGAACUUGCUCAACCAUAUCUGCUAGUUAGGAACAACAGCUUUGCUACUUUUUCAAUCUUACCUGCCUUAUUCUAGCACACUGGACUGCUGUGGUGAAAAUGUAAAACAUCCAUCCAUCCAUUAUCUUAACCGCUUAUCCUGCUCUCAGGGUUGCAGGGAUGCUGGAGCCUAUUCCAGCAGUCAUUGGACGGCAGGCGGGGAGACACCCUAGACAAGCCACCAGGCCAUCACAGGGCCGGCCCACACACAUUCACACCUAGGGACAAUUUAGUAUGACCGAUUCACCUGACCUACUUGUCUCUGGAUUGUGGGAGGAAACCGGAGCACCUGGAGGAAACCCACACAGACACGGGGAGAACAUGCAAACUCCACACAGAGGAUGACCCGGGAUGAGCCACCAAGGCUGGACUACCCCGGGGCUCGAACCCAGGACCUUCUUGCUGUGAGGCGACCGCGCUAACCACUGUGCCACCGUACCGCCCCGGCGUAAAACAAUAUGCACCAAAUUGUUCCUUGGAAAGUCCUACCAAGUCAAGUCAAUUUUAUUUGUAUAGCCCAAUAACACAAAUUACAAAUUUGCCUCAAGGGGCUUUACAGCAACACAACAUCCAGUCCUUAGACCCUCACAUCGGAUAAGGAACAACUCCCUGAAAAAAAACCUUUAACAGGGAGAAAAAAUAGGAAGAUACCUCAGGGAGAGCAACAGAGGAGGCAUCUCUCUCCCAAGACGGCCAGCGUGCAAUGGAUGUUGUGUUUACACAAUUUACAGAAUGCAACACUGAAAGAGGAUAACAGAAUUAUAAUGACAUUUACCAGACGUUAACUAUUUAAUUGAGCGACUACAAAAGUGUACAUGAUUUGGAUAUAUGUUGAUUAGCUAUUGUCUUAUAUAAAGCAACGAUAGAAAACAUUAAAAGAAAAUUGUUUGCAUGCAAAUCAUCGGGGUUGCAGCCUUUGCAAAAUCUUCAAUCUCUGUGUCUAAAAGUUAGUUUUACUGCAAAUUUGACACAGUCAUUAACGGUUUCUACCUCACAGGAUUACUAAAAUGUUUUGCCUUACUGGCUGCCAAUAAAGAUUACAGCUUUGUGGAAGAAUUUGGUUUCAUAGAAAAGAAUACGCUUGUCAUCGUGCUCUCCGGCCGUGGGUAGUACAACCACAGUUUCACUUGUCGACGUAAACAUUUAUAUAUUGUUUGUGGGCGGUCGGAUUUUCUUUGCACGAUUAUGUCAGAGUAUUUCCUGCACAGAGAAAAUACUUUCGCAAUGCAAAGUGA